AUAACGUUAAAAAGAUAGAUUAUCUUACAGCUCGGCUCGUUUUAGGGUGAUGGCUAGCCACAUCUUUAGCUCGAGGGGGUGAAACAGACUAUUUGAAAUUGGGUCACCCGGCAGCCACCUGUAGGCUCCCAGCCUUGACCGCGAUGUGAUGUCAUUGCUAGGGGUGGAGUCCACACCUGGCCGGUCCUAAUUCUUUUAACUAGUGCCCUUGUUUUCUCCAGAUCCUGGACCACAGCUAUUUGAUGGGGCUCCAGGGCGGUCCGCCCUCCACCUAUUUCGUAAACAGCGUUUAAACACUACAUGAAAGUCCAUUCCCAAGAAGACUUACUCCUCCGUGAUGGAGAAAUAUGAAAAAAUUGGGAAGAUUGGAGAAGGCUCCUACGGGGUGGUGUUCAAGUGCAGAAACAGAGACACGGGUCAGAUCGUGGCCAUCAAGAGGUUUCUGGAAACCGAAGAUGACCCUGUCAUCAAGAAAAUCGCCCUUCGAGAAAUCCGCAUGCUCAAGCAACUCAAGCACCCCAACCUCGUCAACCUCCUGGAGGUCUUCCGGAGGAAGCGGAGGCUCCACCUGGUGUUCGAGUAUUGUGACCACACUGUGCUCCACGAGCUGGACAGAUACCAGAGAGGGGUACCAGAACAUCUCAUGAAGAGCAUAACUUGGCAGACACUGCAGGCUGUAAAUUUCUGCCAUAAACACAACUGCAUACACAGAGACGUAAAGCCAGAGAACAUUCUCAUCACGAAACACUCAGUCAUUAAGCUCUGUGACUUUGGCUUUGCCCGGCUUCUCACUGGACCAGGUGACUACUACACAGACUAUGUGGCCACCAGGUGGUACCGCUCACCUGAGCUGCUGGUGGGGGACACACAGUAUGGCCCCCCAGUAGAUGUCUGGGCAAUCGGCUGUGUCUUUGCUGAGCUGCUGUCCGGAGUGCCUCUGUGGCCAGGAAAAUCGGAUGUGGAUCAGCUCUAUCUGAUAAGGAAAACCCUGGGGGAUCUCAUUCCCAGGCACCAGCAAGUAUUUAGCAUGAAUCAGUACUUCAGUGGGGUGAAAAUUCCAGACCCUGAAGACAUGGAAACCCUCGAGUUGAAAUUUCCAAACAUCUCCUACCCUGCCCUGGACUUCUUAAAGGGCUGCCUCCACAUGGACCCUGCUGAGAGGCUGACAUGUGAACAGCUGUUGCAGCAUCCAUAUUUUGACAGCCUUCGAGAAGUUGGGGAGCUGACAAGGCAACAUGACAAGUCAGUGAGGAAGACCCUGAGACAGAGUCGGAAGCACCUGACCGGGGUAAAACUGGCGCACUGCUUUACAGAAACAUCCAAGUUCCAGUACCUACCUCAGCUAACUAGCAGCAGCAUCCUCCCAGCCUUGGACAAUAAGAAGUACCAGUGUAGUACCAAGAAAUUUAACUACCAUUUUCCAAAUAUUUAAGGAGCGGACAGAGUGAUGAAGAACCAAUAAUUUGAAGAAAAAAAAUGUAGACAUUUGAUUCCUGUAGUGACCACAUAUCAAGAGAAAACACAGACAGGAAGCUGGAGGCCACUUGGCAAGAUAUGAAGAGAAAUUCCAGAUCCAGACUCCCAUGCUUGGUGGAGCUGUCCAGAGAAGAGAGCAAAAGCUUGGGGUUUUACCGUUUGCUUAUCUAAGCAGUGGAGCUUAAAGACUGAACAUGAACGGUGUCUACCGCCCGUAGCCGCAACAGAUGAUGUCGAAAGGACUUCUGCUUCAGUUUGCCAUAUGCCACGAGUGGAAAGUGGAUUAUGAAAUGUCCACAUGUGUUUCUUUAGAUCUGUCUUGCCUUGAGUCCUAUCUCUACUGUUGUUUUCAAAUCAUAUUUAAGUAUGAUUUUAGUCCCUGAAGUCAGAAUGUCUGUGAUUCUAUUUCCUAUUUGCUCUUUCUUGAUUUUUCUGUUUGAAGACAUGUUUUAGGAUAUCUAAUUUGGUAGAAAUAUCUAGUCUUAAAACUUUGUAGGUUUUAUGCUUGUAUAACCAAUGAGAUACUUAUACAUCUCUUGCAUAUACUUUUAUCUUUACCCUAAGAAAGGAUGCAUCAGAAAGGGAUAGAACAUGACUCACAGGCCUCACAGAAAGAACCUGUCAGCCAGAAAAUAAUUAUCACUCUGUUUUUCAGCUCACCCUCACACCUGAAGACCGUUCUAUAAGCAGAACUCACAUGAUGUGGAUUUAGACAUAAUUGCUUCUGGACUUUAAUGUGAAUCAGGAAACACGCAGAUUGCUAAUUGAUAUUCUCUCCUUAAAGUAUCUCUUAUUACAUUAUAUAUAUCAUGUCCAUGUAUAUGUCUGUGAAUACACACACUCACACACAUGUACACAUAUGUAUGUGUACAUACCAUGCUAAUGAAUACAGUACAACAAACGAGAAAGUGGUAAAAUGAACACAGGGGAUUUUUAAACAGUGAGACUUAAAAUUAAAAUGACCUUCGACUUGG